AAAGCCAAAACCACACACAAUCGAAGCUCUCAAUUCCAUUUUAUCACUUUCUUUCCACUUUGUCUUUCUGUCUCUCCUCUUUUUCUCGUUCAAUUUCUCGUCACCGGUCCGGCGAAAACUAGCCGGACGUUGAAACUCUUGUCCGGAAAAAAUGGAGGCUUCAGCGACCGGUCGUUGUUUCAAUUGCGAAAGCCAAAACGUCAUGUUCUCGUCUCGUCACGUAUUUCGGCAACUUUAACCGUAUUUGAAACCCUAAGCAAAAGGGACUUUACUUAGCAGAGUUUCGAAGUUAUUCCAUGCUUUGUCUAGCAAAUCAGAGGCAUAAUAGUAUAUAAUAAUCGCAGUUAAAAGGUACUUAUUUUAGCUUAAGAUUCUGGAAUUUUGGGUAAACGCUUUGGAUUUUGAAGAAACUUUGGGUUUCUGUGUAGAUUCGGUUCGCUGAUCUGGUUAAAAGAGAGAGAUUGAUUGUUUCGAUGGAUGUGUAGAGAGUAGAAGCCUCACUUUUUUUUUUUUUUUUUGGGUUUACUAAAUUUUAAACUAAUGUUUAGUUUUCUUUAAAGCAUUAAUAACCUUUCUUCGUUCUCGUAUUUUGGAAUUAUAGGUGAAGAAUUUAGGAGGAUUAGUGUAGAGGAGUUUAGGGAUUUUGUUCGAUUGUGUAAUUUUGGUUUAUAAACUAACUACAAGUUUGUUAACUCAAGAAACAAGAUUAGGUUUUGAAAAAAUGGAGAAAUUUUUAUGUUUUUUUUGAAAGAUCGGUCAUUGUAUUUCUUGAUCGACGGUGAUCAUGCCUUUUCCGAUGAAGAUCCAACCAAUCGACUCUCACACAGCAGAAGAAUGGGUUCAUUCCGAACCAGUAAAGCCGGUAGUGAAAUCGAGACUCAAGCGGCUCUUCGAGCGCCAGUUUUUGAGAAAUUCAGCCGCAGAAAAGGCUGGCGUCGUCGUUGAGGAGCCGCCGCUACAUUUCAGCAAGGACAGCUCCAAUGGUGGUGGCUUGGCUGACUUCGAGCCUAGCUCAGUCUGCUUGGCGAAGAUGGUGCAGAACUUUAUCGAGGAGAACAACGAGAAACAACAAUCCGGCGCUGUCCGGUGUGGCCGCAGCCGUUGCAACUGCUUCAAUGGCAGCUGUAACGACAGCUCUGAAGACGAAUUGGACUCUUAUUUCGGCGACUCCAACCUCGCUUCCUCUGGCGAAGCAUGUGAAAUUCUCAAGAGUUUGGUGCCUUGCGCGAGCGUUUGUGAAAGGAAUUUACUAGCGGACACGGCGAAGAUUGUAGAGAAGAACAAGAUCUGUAAACGGAAAGACGAUAAUUUCAGGAAGAUUGUGACUGAUGGAUUGUUGUCACUCGGAUACGACGCCUCUAUUUGUAAAUCUCAUUGGGAUAAAUCCCCCUCUUAUCCCGCCGGAGAUUACGAAUACAUAGACGUGAUAAUUCAAGGCGAGAGAUUGAUAAUUGACAUUGACUUCAGGUCAGAAUUCGAAAUAGCUCGGUCUACCAAGGCUUAUAAAUCUAUUCUCCAAACACUGCCUUACAUCUUUGUGGGUAAAGCGGAUCGUCUUCAGAAGAUUAUAGGGAUCGUAUCGGAGGCGGCCAAACAGAGCCUUAAGAAGAAAGGAAUGCAUGUUCCUCCAUGGAGAAAAGCCGAUUACAUCAAAGCCAAGUGGCUCUCUCCUCAUCCGCGUGCACACGAAUCCCAUCCGGAAAUCGAGAACAACCAGCCUCUGCAGGGCUUAUCUGAAACUGAGUUUGAGGUGAGUCGUGGGGAGAAGAAUAACAACGACAAUAACUCGGUGGAUGAUGGUGAAUUGGGAGAGUCCAUGUUUGUUUUGUCUGAGAGUUCGGAGGAAGAGAAGAAAGUGAAGACGGUGGUGAAAGACUGGAAACCACCUGAAAUUAAGCCCAAGAGUCUGCAGAUUGGAGCUAGGAUUGUGACUGGUUUGGCUUCAGUCAUUGAAGAUCAUCAGCCAUGAAAAUUUUGGUGUUUUUUUUUUUUUUGUAAUCUUCUUGAGAUAAAUCUAAUAUGGGUGUCAUCAUAUACCACCAUAUAAAUCCCCUUCUGCUUUUUAUGUAAGGGUGUUUUUACUAAUAUCAUCAAUAAAAUCCUCAUAUGAAUAGCUAAAUUGAAGAAA